CACCGGUCGCUUACCCACAGAGCAAACGGUACGUUUUUACUUCCUAUCGAGAAGAUCUUCCGGUCGCCAUCUGUCAACUUUCUGUACCUAGAACAGUUCUUGUUUCUUAAUCUAAGUCUCGAACAAGGGAAUGUCAGUUUUAUGCAAGGUGCAGAAGACUCAACGGAGCCAUUAUAUGUAUGCACCACAAUGUAUCAGGAAAAUGUGGAAGAAAUCAGCAAGUAUCUAUGCAGUCUGAAAUGCAUCCUUCUUGAUGAUAUUUUAAGUGACGUCAAAGUGGAAACGCAUCUGGUCAUGGACGACGGUGCACGUGACGGUCACUUAAAGCCGUAUGCGUCUCAGUUGAUUCAGUUGAUUCAGACGUAUUUUUCUCUUGAUAGCAGCGAUUCCAGUGUGUCUCCUACUCCUUACGGCGUACAGGUCAGGUGGCGGUUAGACGGCAGUAGAAGCAGUUCCAGCAUGUUAUUCGUACACCUGAAAGAUUCAAGAAAAAUCCGGAACUUAAAGCGAUGGAGCCAAGUCAUGUACUUCAAUUAUGUCCUCAGGUACAGAAACAUUGGAGCUUCUAUCAAUGGCAGUAGUGACCAGAAAAACCAGGAUGGUACGAUGGACGUAAAAGAGCCGACGGGCUACGUGUUAGUCACGGACGCUGACAUGGAGUUUACAGUUGAAGACAUCCGGGCAUUGCUGUGGUCGUGUCACCUGAACCGACGUCUGGGAGCUAUCUGCGGCUUGACUCAACCUAUAGGACACACUACCAGUGCAUUGGUGUGGUUCCAGCAGUUUGAAUACGCAUUCGCUCACUGGUGGGGUAAGUCGACGGAAUACUCACUGGCUUCUGUACUUUGCGCUCCAGGCUGUUUCUCCCUCUACCGGGCGGCAGCACUCCAUGACGUCAUCGAUGAAUACAGUUCACACGUCACUUCCGGCUACGAAAGCCUUCUGAAGGAUAUGGGUGAAGACCGCUGGAUGUCGCUUUUAAUGAUGAGCAAAGGCUGGGAAGUGGGCUACAAUGAAACCUCCACCAACAAAACCUUCUGCCCGGAGUCGAACGACGAGUUCUUCGCUCAAAGAAAGCGCUGGGACCUCUCCACUUUAAGCAACACUGUGUUGUCUAUUACAAGAUACCUGACGCUGGCGGAUGCCAACUCCAACUUCAAUGUUUUCUUUUUGGGCUAUUCACUCACAGUGCUACUGCUAAGAAUCAUUUGUCCAGCGUUUUUCAUGUUCCAAAUGGCUCUUGGUCUAGAUGCUCAGGGGAUAGACGUGACAGUUGGUGUGAUAUGUGCGAUGACAGUGUGCACUGGCUAUGGCGUGCUGUGUUUGGUGACCAGACACAGGUGCUCUGUGCAGAUUCGGGCCACCACAUUCCUUGUAGUCUUCAUCUCGCUCAUCUUUGUGUGUCUCGCCGUGGAAAUGGCCUUCGAUAUUCAUGGCGGGAGUUUUGCAGCUGAUUAUCAAAGUGGGCAGAAUGACAACAGCACUGGGCAAAAUAUCAACAAAACAUGGCGACAAGUGGACCAAAUUAUGAGAAAUCACAACAAAACACCGCAAAUAGGACAGAUGCCAGUGCAUUGGAUCAACAUCCUUAUCUUUCUGAGUCCGUUCCUGUUUUCGGUAUUGUUGCACCCGGACCAUUGGUCCGUCAUACUGCGAGCCAUUCCUCAUUUUAGUCUUCUUCCGGCCUUGCAGAUACUGCUGCCGAUUUACAUGUAUUGCAACAUGGCCGACCAAAGUUGGGGUACGCGAGAACAGAACCGGCCGCGAGAUGUCCCCACCAUCUGUCCAUUGAAACGCCCCGAGUCAGAAAAGAUCGACUGGGACACCAAAAAUGAAGAAAAAGUUGACAUGAAAGAAGAAGUUGAGGUCACGUGCUCUUGUCAUGUACAAUAUUUAAAACAGUUGUCCGAUAACGAAACGGAAUUCUGGGAAACAUUACGCAACACAGUUAUUGGGACCUCAACCGAGUUCGGAUUGAGUGGGGACGAGAUUGGAAAAGAUUUGGGUAAAUUACGUAACAUCCUGUUACCGGUUGUCAUGGCAAUAAACAUCACAUGGUUAAUAGCGGCAGUGGUGACUAAAAAGACAAGCGGCUCAGAGGUGUUCACGUGGACAUGUGGUGUUUUUGUCGCUGUAGGCAUUAUUCAAGUGUUGUCCAUGGUGGCGUGCAAGAUACAAUCUUUCACUGUUCGGGCAGCUCUGCGGACAGACGAGGAGAACGCCAGAGGGAGAGCUAUAUGGAUUAAGAGAUAG